AUGGCGGACCUGCGGUUAUUUUCACGAGAAUACAUUUCGGAGCUUAUUGAGCUCUACAGAAGCUUCCCAUGCUUGUGGAAGGUAAAUUCGGAAGACUACUCAGAUCGCUCUAAACGAAAAGUAGCCUAUGAUGCACUGGUCGCAAAAUAUCGCGAAGUGGACAAGCAUGCCUCCAAGGAGACGGUGAAGAAGAAACUGUACGGUUUGCGAUCAUGCUACCGUCGGGAACUGGCUAAGCUGAAAAAAUCUGUGCUCUCCGGCGCUGGUGUGGAAGAGGUGUACAAACCAACACUUUGGUACUUUUAUUUGUUUGAUUUUCUCAUGGACAAUGAGCUCCCAAACGACGAUACACGGGGUAUUACGGAAGCGUACCAGAACGGUGUUAAAGAGGAAGAAACAGUGGAAUAUUUCGACGACGACGAUGCCGAAGGAACGGACGUCGAUUAUAUUGACAAUGACGAAGAUGAAUCAGAUGAGAGUUCAAACUGUGAUGCGGUGGAUCCGUUUGAUUCCGGUUCGCUUGGCCACUAUUCAUCCGCCCCUAAACGAGAGUCUGCACCUGCAGGAAGUGCACCACGAUCGCAACCUCCGAAAAAAAAGCGCAAACUGCUUACAAAGAAUUCGCGGAAGGUCGGUUUUAUAGAGCCUGUUGUGGAAAAACAUUCCACAAGUGUAACGGGAGAGGACCAAUUCGACGUAUAUGGAAAGCUCGUAGCUCAUAAGUUGCGAUCCUUUGAUAAACUACAGGCUACGUUUUCCCAGCGGCUUAUUAAUGAGAUACUGUUUGAAGGGGAAAUGGGGGUUUUGAAUCGCAAUUAUAAGGUUGUUGAUAUGGCAGAUCAUUGACUGUAACGUCUAUUGUAAGCCACCAGGAUUCACGAUGGCGUAUACUUCGUAUACUACGUAUGUAUAUAUCGAACUUACGAUACUCGUGACGCCAUACCUGUUAU